UAAAAGAAUGCACCAAUCUGUUUAUAAAUGAAUACCGCGGAAGAUGUACGUCAUAUGUCAGCAGAUAUCAAGAUGAACGCUCUCCGUGUUUUGUGUAUCCAGCUCGGAUUUCUGAUUUUCUCUAUCAAAGGUACCGACGGAGUUCCAGGAUGUUCUGAUACAAUUGAGGCCAUAUGCCACUUGAGACCUAGCGGGUCGGACAGUACUGUCUCGGGAACAGUAGAAUUCCACCAAGGAGGGACAUGCUAUCACGGACAGAUCCACCCGUUGGUUAGAGUGCAAGGUGAGAUUACCGGAUUAACACCAAGUGUUGGAGGAUAUCGUAAACACGGUUUUCACGUGCACACAUAUGGUAAUCUGAGCGAAAGAUGCCAGGCAACUGGGCCACACUAUAAUCCUUUAGGAACCGUUCAUGGACGCCCUGCAGAUACCCAAAACCGACGUCACGUGGGAGAUCUUGGAAACGUGCUUGCCGACCAAGAUGGGAAUGUAAACAUUGAUUUCAUUGCCCCUCGUCCAGUUUCACUUAUUGGUGAUCUGUCUAUCAUAGGCCGGGCGAUUGUGCUUCAUGCAGGCGAAGAUGAUCUUGGACGGGGAGGUAAUGCCGGAAGUGUGGCGUCUGGGAACGCUGGGGCGCGCAUAGCUUGCUGCAUUAUCGAAAGGGUGCAUAAAUAAAAGAGAAUUAUGCAUCCAUGUUAUAUUACACCUUUACAUUAUAACUCUACUACUUCUAAAUAAUUAUUUUAUUCCCUUUUUUGCAAUCAAACAAUUGCACCAAUGCCAAUUGAAUAAUACUUAAUUGAAUCUGAAUUUUAGAAUAUCCUGUUAAAAUGUCCACAAUGAUUAAUAAAAAUAAUAAUAAUGUA